AUGAUUUUACUGACCGAACAUCAGUUCGCUAUAAUAGAAGGCUUUUACUCAACCCUCGGUACGGCCGUGUCUCUGUUUGGACUGGUCACUAAUGCCAUAAACAUAUACACAUUUGUCGCCAUGGGAGCAGACGACGGGGUCACCGUGUCGUUCCUGUUCCUGUCGGCCGCGGAGUUCGUCUGCUUUUUGGCGGCGCUCGGCCAAGAAGUCUCCAUGAUAUUCUGGUUCAUUGAAAUGAUAACCGGCUACCGUACCGUAUUUUCUAUCCAGCCCAUGGCCGCCAACGGAUUCUUCGGCAACAUCCGAAACUGCCUGUUUACGAUCCCCGUGCUGAUCACCUUGUAUCUCGCCGUCGCCAAGUGCGCGUGCGUGGUCAGACCGCUGCAUUUCAAAAACAUGUUCUCCGUGAGACGGACGGUGGCCGUCAUGACGGGGAUCUGCGUCUUCGCCGUUCUCAGCUACCUGCCCAUCUUCCCGACACUGGGCGUCAUCGUGGACCUGGACCCGUUCAUCAACCAGACCCGACCGGUGCUGUACAUCUCCCCGUACCUGGACAUCAUUAAGAACGUCGUGUGGAACGCGCGGGAUUCCGUCCCGUCUUUCGCAUCUCAGAUCAUCAUCAUCGUGUGCAUCUUCCUCAUGGCCCACACGUUGAGUCGAGCGGCCAGCUUCAGGCAGUCCACCAAGGCGGCGAGGAUCACGACAGACGCCGCGGACAGCGGUGUGCUGGUACUGAAAUCCAGCGCCAGACUCAGCGGCACUGAGUUGCAAGUGAUCAAGCAGGUGGCCGUCAUAUCUGUCAUCUACAUCAUUGGCAACACGCCCAAGAUACUAGAGUUCAUAGCGUUUAUCCUUUUCCCGGAUCUAACGCAGCACCACCAGUUUUUAACCAUAGCCAUGGCCAACUCUAGAGAACUUAUCGAGAUGAUCAUGUCGGCUGUCAAUAUCAUCAUCUACUAUAAAUACAACUCAAAAUUUAGAAGCUUCUGUAAAUUUUAG